AUGGCGGUUAACACGCCUCCCAUGUACACCGACACACCGUUGUCGUUGAUCCCCACUCCAAAGUUCCAAACUGGCAAGGUGCGUACUUACGGAAGCGGCGCAUCGACAUGGGCCAGCUUGCUUACCAUAGUUGUUUCAAAUCAGGAUGAUCCUUUCACGAUCGAAGCAUCCCAUAUGGCCCUCAGCCACAAUGCAUUCAUUCGUGGUUUCAAUAGCAUCUACCAACAGGCGCCCCGGUUGCAGACCUCUACUGACAAAACCGAUUUUGUCAGCUACUCCCUCGCUUGGAUUGAGUGUGUCAAGACGCACCAUCAAUAUGAAGAGACGGAGUUGUUCCCCAACAUUGACAAGGCGGCGGGUAAGACGGGCUUGAUGGACGGCGCGGUCCACGAGCAUGAGGCCUUUUAUAGUGGCAUGGACCGCAUGAAGGACUACCUCGUGAAAGAGGGCCCCGACUUCUCCGCUACCGAGUUGAUCGCCAUCAUGGAUUCCUUCAAGGAGCCGUUGCACAACCAUCUUAAAGCAGAGCCAUCUGCUAUUGUGGCGCUCGCCAAGUACAGCACUCCGGAGAACCCAAUCGAUAUCCUUGGCAUCGCCGACGCGGCAGGCAAGAAGCAAAUCAGCUUAGGUUUCUUCCUCAACACGGUCCCUGUCUUCUUCCUGAACAUGGAGACUGUCACAUUCGAAGAUGGCAUGUGGCAUGGCGUCUUCCCACCCCUCAAGGGUUUGGCCAAAACGGUCGUCAACCGAGUUGUACCAAUGUGGCAUUCGAGUUGGUGGCGCUUUGUGAGCUGCACUCCAGAGGGGGAAUUGAAGCGAUUGGCUGUGUGA